UGGCCCCAAGGAGGCCCGGAGCGCGGCCACACCCCUGUGGGGGAGGGGAAUAAGGGCGCCCCGAAGGGAGUGGACAGCCCCCCUGUCAGUCUUCCCGAGUCCGGGAGUGUAAGAUGAGAAGGGGAAGGUGGGCCUCACCCGAGGGGAGAGCGAGGAGGAACUUCCUGCCCGCGCGCGCUCCUCGGCGCCGAGCGCACGGGCUGGGGACGCUGUGGGCGCGUCAAGGUCGGCCUGGACUGGGGUGGCCGCCUGCCCGGGGGCGGGAGACCCUGGCGGGGCUGGGCUGCGGCCUCCAAGCGCCUCGGCCAUAUUGAAGAGCCGUCUUUGUGUGCGAAGGCCUCUCCCAAGCUGCAGGCGCGUCGCCGAGGCAGGAAGAGCCACGGGGCAGCCCGUGCGCCCCCACUAGCUUGGAGCCGGGACUCCACGUCUGCAGCUGGCGGUGGGCUUCGAGCCCCAGGACUCGCCUCUCCCGGGCUCACGUAAGCAUCCUGGGGAUUGAUUCCCGCCAGUCCUCGGUGGUGGGCGGGGAGCCGGACUUGGUCAAGACUGGACUUUGGGGCGGGCAGAGGAGUCGGGAGGGGUUGGCUCAUCCUUGGCUGCAGAGGUGAGACCCUCCCUGGGGGCAGUUCUGCUGGGACCCCCAGCCCCAAGACUCAGGCCUAUUUGUAGUUUGGGGUCGUUGCCCCCAGCCCAGAUUUCACCCUGGAGAUCUUAAAGACCCUCGAGAAAAGCCACGUGGGGGGCUGGUUCCCCUGGGGCUUCCUCCCAUCCCCCGACUCCCUGAUCCUCUGGAGCGUCCCUGAUGUGUGCAAAGAUGUGGAUCUGGACGUCCUCGUGGAAGCCUUGAAGCCCGUGGGGACCUUUAAGAAGAUUGGCAAGGUGUUCCGCAGGGAGGAGGACUCCACGGUGGGGAUGCUGCAGAUCGGGGAGGACGUCGACUAUUUGCUCAUCCCCCGGGAAGUCAGGCUGGCCGGAGGCGUGUGGAGGGUCAUCUCCAAGCCCGCCACCAAGGAGGCGGAAUUUCGGGAGCGGCUGAUCCAGUUUCUGGAGGAAGAAGGCCGCACAUUGGAGGACGUGGCCCGCAUCAUUGAGAAGAGCACCCCACACCCGCCCCAGCCCCCCAGAAAGCCCAAGGAGCCCCGAGAGAGGAGGAGAGUCCAGCAGAUGGUGACCCCUCCCCCACGCCUGGUCGUGGGCACCUAUGACAGCAGCAAUGCCAGCGACAGCGAGUUCAGUGACUUCGACACUUCCAGAGACAAGCGUGACAAGGGUGACAAAGGUCACAAAGGUGCAGGGCGCAGCAGGAAGGUGCGCAAAAUGCCAGUCAGUUACCUGGGCAGCAAAUUUCUAGGGAGCGACCUGGAGAGCGAGGACGACGAGGAACUGGUGGAGGCCUUCCUGCAGCGAGGGGAGAAGAAGCCCAGCGCGCCACCUGCCCGCCGCCGGGUGAACCUGCCAGUGCCCAUGUUCGAGGACAACCCCAGGCCGCAGCUGUCCAAGGCUGACAGGUGGCGAGAGUAUGUCAGCCAGGUGUCCUGGGGGAAGCUGAAGCGGAGGGUGAAGGGUUGGGCGCCCAGGUCCAGCCCAGAGGUGGGCGAGGCCCGGCAGGCCUCUACCAGGCUGGAGAGGGUUGGGGCGUCCGUGCUGGGCAGAGCCAGCCGGGGGGUUAAUGUGGGCAACACAGGAGCUGAGCAGAUGCCUGAGAGUCCCCCAAGACGAUGGAAGCCCAAAAUCAACUGGGCCUCUUUUCGCCGUCGCAGGAGGGAAGAAGCAGCAUCCCCAGAGGAGGGGGCAGAGGCUGUAGAUGAUCAGAGGGCAGAGGCUGCAGAUGACCAGGGGGCUGAGGCUGCAGAUGACCAGGGGGCUGAGGCUGCAGAUGAUCAGGGGGCUGAGGCUGCAGAUGAUCAGGGGGCUGAGGCUGCAGAUAAUCAGAGGGCAGAGGCUGCAGAUGAUCAGAGAGUAGAGGCCAUACCUGUCCAGGGGGCAGAGGCUGAGGAUAAUCCAGGGGCAGAGGCCAUAGCUGUCCAGAGGGCAGAAGUUACAAGUAGUCAGGGGGAAGGGGCUCCAGAUAAUCAAAGGGCAGAGGUCCCAGUUGUCCAGGGGGCAGAGGCUGCAUCCGAUGGGGCAGAAGCCAUAGCCAACCAGAGGGCAGAAGCCGCACAUAACCAAAGGGCAGAAGCCCCAGCUGCCCAGGUGGCCACAGGGACAACCCAAGGAGCUAAGGCCCGGAAACAGGUCAAGACAGUGAGGUUCCAGACCCCUGGACGUUUUUCAUGGUUUCACAAACGCCGGAGAGCCUUCUGGCACACUCCCCGGUUGCCAACCCUGCCCAAGAGAGUCCCCAGGGCAGGCGAGGCCAGGAGCCUUAGGGUGUUAAGGGCAGAGGCCAGAGCAGAAGCAGAGCAGGGAGAGCGAGAAGACCAGCUGUGAGGUGAGGGCAGGGGUGCCCUGGGGCUCGCAGCCACCUGCCAUGCCAUCACCACUCUGGGCUCGGCCCUCCCUCCCCUGCGCUUGGGUGGAGAUGCCCUUCCUGCCACCAUACUUGAAAAUGCAAGUGGACAAGGGUCGGGCAGUGGUCCUCCCAUCUCCACCCCGCACCCCUCUUUCCUGUUAAAAGUUUAUCUUUCAUGCAUUGAUUUUUUUUUUUAAAGACUCUAGUCACCCAAGGAAUGUAAAGAAACAGAGCCAUACAAAGGGGUUGCAUCACUCAUGAUUUUAACUUCUCAAAUACGACUCCAGGUGCUCAGCUUGGCUGGGGCAGGAUGCGAGGGAGAAAUUUCCUCCCCUCCCCCUUUCUCUUCUUUUCUCCUGCACACUUAACAUUGACGCCUCCUUGAACUUAAGAAAAAGGGGCGCGAGCCGACAUGCAAAUAAAAAUGCUUACCACGUGA